GUUAAGAAAGCAGGAGAUUGUGAGUUCAAGUUCUGCCUUACCAGCUGGGGGACUGCUGGUCACUGUCUCAGUCCAACUCACCUCACAGAGAUGUUCUGGGGAAAAUAGGAAAAACUUGUGUUAGAUAUGGGUUUUUUGUCUGUUAUGUCAAAAAUACUUGCUGAAAGCAGUGCAACUCAAGAAGUUACACUUUUGACGGCUGCUGAUGAAGACUCUAGCAAAAGGACUUGGGGUGUUUUGCUCCCCGGUAUAAUUGGUGGGACAUUAGUAGCCUUAUAUUCUGUGGCCAUUCCAUUUAUUGCUCCAGCAUUGAGAAAGCAUUGCCUGCCAUUUGUGCCUGCAACUUCAAAGCAGAUUGAAAAUGUUCUAAUCAUGUUGAAAGGCAGAAAAGGAAUGCUAGUUGACAUAGGAAGUGGUGACGGACGUAUUGUAAUAGCAGCUGCAAAAGUUGGAUUUAAAGCUGUGGGUUAUGAAUUAAAUCCUUGGUUAGUAUGGUAUUCGAGGUACCGUGCCUGGAGAGAGGGAGUUCAUCAAGAUGUCAAUUUUUACAUUUCAGACUUAUGGAAGGUCAGUUUUUCCCAGUAUGCAAACAUUGUCAUUUUUGGAGUUCCUCAGAUGAUGCUGCAGCUGGAGAAGAAGCUUGGAGAUGAACUCCUGCAAGAUGCCAGGGUCAUUGCUUGCCGCUUUCCUUUUCCCCAUUGGAGACCAAAUCAUAGUUUUGGUGAAGGCAUUGACACUGUUUGGGCAUAUGAUUCCAAAUUGUUUACGGUGAAAAAGGAAGAUGAUGCAGCUCUUGUCAAGGGCAUUCCUUCCAGUUAGCCAAAACUCCAUAGAUAAACACUAUUUUAGCUUUUAAUUUGUGUGUGUGUAUGUUUUACAGAAUAUAUUAUUUCUCUUGGGUUCAUGGGCAAACAUUUCAGAAAUUUCUGGAAAUAUUUUAUGUGCAAUGCAGUGUAAGUGUUAAGCAAUGCUUCUGUUAUGAAAAAACAAAUAGAGAGAAGUUCCCUCCAGAUCUAUGGCUCAAAACCUUUGGAUUCUGUGGGAUAACACUUGACAAUUAAAAUAAAUUACAAAAUUGCAAUUUACCAUUGUAAAAAUGCAUUAGGAUUUUAACCUAAAUACUUAGGUUAAAAACUGUUCUAAUACAGUUUAAUAUUUUCAGUGCCUUCUGAUUAAAGCUAUACUAUUCAUCCUUAUUCUUAUCCUUAUGAAUAAGUCCCUUUAUUCCUGUUUGUUCUUCACUUCAGUUAUAUGUUGUUAUGAGUCAAACAAAAUUUAAAAUUGGCUGCCAGAAUGCAGAGCCAUAAUGAGAAAAUCUGUUUUAUGAAUUAAAGUCGUCUGGAGGGAGGGGCAGUGGAAUCCUAGGUUAAUGAAAAGCAGAAGAGAAUAUAAAAAUAAAUAUUUUGUUAAAUGAAGAUGAUUUUAUUGAUAAUGU